UCGUUUCUCUCACCAUUGCCUCUCUCUUCUUGCCUAUUGACUUCCAUGAUCAAUCCUCAAGAACCUCUCCCUUCCCUACCCUCUCUCUCUUCUCAUAUUUAUAAAUAGAGACAAAUCCCAUGUGUUAAAAGCGUUGCCACCGUUACUUUGAGCAACUCAUUUCUUUAAGGUAGGUAUAUUUGAUAUAGAAUAUUUAGACAGGAUCAGAGAUUAAAGAAACAGAAAGAGUGAAAAAUGAAGGAUAUGCCACCUGGUUUUCGGUUCUAUCCAACAGAAGAAGAGUUGGUUUCAUUUUAUCUUCAUCACAAGCUGGAAAGGAAGAGGGAGGAUUUGAACCGACUUAUGGAUCGGGUUAUACCAAUUGUCGACAUUUAUGACUUCAAUCCUUGGGAUCUUCCACAAUUUUCACUGCAACUAUGCCAUAAGGACCCUGAACAAUGGUUCUUUUUCAUUCCAAGACAAGAGAAUGAAGUUCGGGGAGGAAGACCAAGGCGGCUAACAUCAACUGGGUACUGGAAAGCUACUGGUUCUCCUGGUUGUGUUUAUUCUUCCGGAAAUCGCCCUAUCGGCAUAAAAAGAACCAUGGUUUUUUAUAAUGGGAGAGCUCCUAAUGGAAGAAAAACUGAGUGGAAGAUGAAUGAAUACAAAGCCAUUGAAGAAGCAGAUUCAUCUAAUGGUGCAACUCCAUCUUUAAGGCAUGAAUUCAGCUUGUGCCGGGUGUACAAGAAAUCGAAAUGUUUGCGGUCAUUUGACAGGCGACCACCAGCAGUAGGAGCGCAGAUAUGUGAGCCAGCUGCAGUUCAUCAAAGUCAAGCUACGGUUGGAGCAGCAGCAUCUCAACAUCAGAGCCCUCGAUUAAAGGCGCCUGAGAGAACCAUAAGCUCACCAGAGAGUUCAUCCUCAGGAGAUCAUCGGAAUCCAUCACAAACUGGAGAAAGCAGCAACUCAUCAGCCAUGGUAGUUGACUAUGAUGAAUUUUUCUGGAACCUUGAUGGCUUCUGGGAAUCUGGGAUUCCAUGAAGUACAAAGAGAGAGGAUUUAAUUUCGAGCUCAAGCUGACUUUGGAUGGAAUCUUCCAGGCUAGGAAUUCAAUUAACCUUUAAAUCAAAAAUAAGCUUCUGAUGUUAUUGGUUAAAAAUCCAAAUUAACUUCGAAAGCAUAUAUAGUGCUUUUCUUUCUUUCAUCUUUUUAGUUUGUCUUCAUCCUUUUCCUCCCAUCGAUCAAAGAGAAAAAGAAAAAAAAUUUGAACUUUCAGAAAUAGUUUAAACUAUUGAAUUCAUGCAGGCGAAAGUAGCAGAGAUACAUAGGUGAAGAAAACUGUAAUUCAAGUAUGAAUGCUAUAAAUAAUGUGAAUGCUUCAUACAUAUAUAAUUUGUUUAAAUUAAACUUUUCGAGACAUCAUAAAAAAUUUGGAUUGAAACUUUUGGGACCGAAUUAAGAGACAAAAUAAAUUUAA